AUGGCUGCUCUCAGACCCCUGAUGAAGCCCAAGUUCGUCAAAAAGAGGACCGAGAAUUUCAUCCGCCACCAGUCUGACCGCUAUGUCAAGAUUAAGCGUAACUGGCGGAAACCCAGAGGCAUUGACAACAGGAUGCGGAGAAGAUUCAAGGGCCAGAUCUUGAUGCCCAACACUGGCUACAGGAGCAACAAGAAGACCAAGCAUAAGCUGCCCAGCGGCUUCCGGAAGUUCCUGGUCCACAAUGUCAAGGAGCUGGAGGUGCUGCUGAUGUGCGACAAAUCCUACUGUGCUGAGAUUGCUCACAAUGUUUCCUCCAAGAACUGCAAAGCCAUUUUUAGAUUAAAAAAGUAA